CCUACACACUAGCCUCUUCUGCCACAAGCUGUGUUCAAAAAGCCCCAGACAGUCAGUGUGUGACACACUUCUGGACACCUGCAUCACCUCUGAGGACAUCUGAAGACGUGAAGAUGAAACUGUCCUGUGUUGUUGCUGUUGCUGUCCUUGUUCUGGCCCUCUGCUCCCAGGGACAAAGCCAGAAUGUUGAUGGACCGGAUAAAUGCUGUUUUAAAUAUUACAGCAAGCCAAUUCCACCUAAAGCCAUAAUACGGUACUAUCUUACUCACCCCAGCUGCACCACAAAGGCAGUGAUCCUCAUCACAAGGAAGGGCAAAGAAGUGUGCGCCAACCCAGAGGUCCAGCAAGUCCAGGACAUUAUGGAGAAACUAGACGACCUGUUUGGUACCCCGGCCCCCACCGAUUCUCCUUAACUUGAUGCAAAAGUUAAAGUAGCUGUGUCUCAACGUUGCUUGGCAACCAUUCAAAUAGAUGAAAUGCUGUGCCUUUAUUUUAUGAAAUUCUGCCAGAAAAGCAAUUAGCCACUGAAUUUAGAACAGCUGGGUUUAAGGCUAAGUUCUAAAUUCAGUGUAACCUACGGCCUCUCGGGGUUUAUUGCUUAACUACUCUGCACCUCAGAGUUACAGUGAAUGUAACAACCUUUAAUUCAGCUGCUUUAUUUUGCACAAACAUACUCUGUCUUUUCUGCUUUCGUAUUUCUGGAAGAGUAUCUGUUCAAGAUGAGCCGUAUAG